ACUUUUAUCAGAUUCUGAUUUCAUAGUUAAAUAUGGAACGGCUAGACCAGGUUGGCACAUUCAUCCAUUAGGGCGAAUGGAGAACAUCUCCAUUUCCUACCUUGGGUACGUUGAUCUCAUUAGAUUUUAUGACUAUACGGAAUUUUCUGCUUUUAAAACAAUUGAUAAAAAUGAAACAACUAGUAAUUCAAAUCAAGUCGAUGAGAAUGAUGAUGCUGAUUAUCUAUUAUUAGUAUCGAUUCUCACAAAACUCAUAAUAAAGUUCAUAGAUGAACUAUGGAAUUUUUUUAUAUUUCCUAAACAUAGAGCCCUUAUGGGUACUUCAACUUCUAUUCGCUUUUUCAUCUUUAAUACAGAUUCUUACCGAAAUGGAAUUUGUUUAUAUUAUAUUUCAUAA